GGCAUCACAAAAAAGUUUGGAAAGUCCUGACGUCUUUUAACGUUACAUCGCUGACCGCAGACACACGCUCUCCCGUGGAUUAUAACUCCUGCCUUUAUUCAAGGAAGCCACUUUUAUCUAAAAAAAAAGAAAAAAACCAAAACUGUCUGCUCUUCCACCGCCACAGUCAUUGCUGCUCUGCCACUCGACAAGGACACUUCAACCUUCAGCACUUCACAUCCAGUGACACAGACUGACCAGAGAUGGAGGGUCACGUGGCGCGGUUCGCCCUGCUUCUGUGCAUCACUGCUGCAGCCUCUGCCUCACAUCAAACAUGUAAACCGGAGAAGGCUAAUAAAAACCCAUGGGUGCACGUGAGAGAGAUGGCAAUUGGCUGUUGGACCAGCUUCAUCAACAAGGACAACGCAGAGGUCCACAUCCUUAACCUGAACUAUGUGGCAACCACGGAUUUUAUUUUCCAUCUGAACAUGACCAGUGCCAAGCCAACGAACCUCAUCCUCACGUCAUUACACACGGCCUACAGUUUAUACAACAUCAACCCUGAUGUUCACAUUUAUAUAAACAAUCACUCCAAAAUUGAUCUACAUGGUAAUGACCAUAAGAACAACAUCCACACUCAAGACUUCCCCACUCAGGGUGAAGAGCUGGUGAAGUGGGCGAGUCAGAAGUUUGGGGGUGUGACUUCAUUCACCACAGUCCAAAAUCUGAAAAUAAUCUCAUGGACGGGCACAAGCGGAAGCAAGCCUGGCUCUCAUUCCUGCGUACUUAAAAAUGAAGAUCCAUUUGAGAAGCAUUUUAUAAAGAUCGGAGCGGAAACCUGGGCUUCGAUCAAAUCUUGCUCCCCACAGCCAGAGAACCUCAGCGCUGGAGAGAUCCACAUUAUAAACAUCCCAGAGAAUGCCAACGUUCGCAAUAUAUCAAUUCGCAUGGACAAGCAUGAUAAGACCAGUAUGUUUCUGAGAGGUCCUCAGGGCACCACAUGGAACUUUCUCAACAUACAACACACAACCUUUGCUUCCAACAAUAUAAUCAUUCUGCCCUCAAUGAGUCAAGACUCAUCAGUCAAAUUCACAGUCCAACCUUUACUCACAUCGAACAACGACAGUGCAGUGAGUGUACAAAGGGCGGCUUUAACUCAUUUUAAAGCCAGUACUUUCACCAGCUACACUGAACUCAGUCCAGAGGACUCUAUGGUUUUAUUGGUUCUCGGAAAAAUGGAAAAACCAACAGUUACAGUCACAGUACCAGAACCAGUCACUCCCAUCACAACUACUGCACCUCAGAUGCCUCUGAUGAUGCAGCUUUACACUUCCCCAGACUACCGUUCUCCACUGGACCCGAACACCAAGGUGCAGAGUGACAAGAGAAUUUAUGCAGAGAUUUCAGGGCACACUAUAGGGAAUAUUGUCUUGACCAUCAAGGUGAUCAGCUGCACUGUGCACUCCAAGGGCUCAUGUCCUGUAGUGAAAGAGCUGCCCUUCAUACCAGAGACCUGCUCCUUAAAUUCUUGUCCCAAUAGCACACGACUCAGCUUCUCCUUAGAUCAGAUCCAAGAGCUGACGUCCACCACAUGGGAUCUGGAAUGCUCCGUCAAAUUUUGCUACAGUGAGAAAUGUGGAGAUGCAGGAAGAGUAAAGAGGAACCUGGAAGUUACCCAGCCAUGUCUGCAACCACCAACCCCACCAUGCUUUGAUUUUGGCCUGCCUGGUGUUCUGUGCAUUGCAUUUGGAGGGUUCCUGAUUGGAGUAUUACUUAUUGGAGCACUGUGGUUUAUCAAAAUUAAAACAGGGUACCCAACUGGACUGGACAUUAGCUCUACUGCAGCAAAUCUUCCUGGAUGUCCCUGCUCAGGAGCAAAACGGCAACCUGUCUCCACCAAUCCCUCCCCCUCCGAGAACAGCAGCGCCAACGCUAGCAUUGGAAGCACCCAGAGCACACCGACCAGCAGCAUGGCAUGAGAUUAUGGUAAUCUCCACCACCAGCAGGGCCACCAUCUCCUUUCAAAGUCACCUAUACGGGUUUUGUGCUUUUGUUGUCUUUAAUAAUGCUUACAAAGCAUUCCUCCCUUCCUUGCUCCUUCUCAUUAAAAAGCACGACCCACGUCUUUGACACCUCAAGCCUGAAAUGGAUGUGAUCUAGGAGUUUGUAAUGGUGGAUGGGGGGUGGGCGCUGGGUGACGGAUAACAGAAGUCUAAUCAAUGGCUUCUGACGCUCACCUCUGCAGCCUUUCUGUAAAGUCAAGCUCCUAGACAGGAAGUUAAAGAGGGCAAGAAGAAAAAAAAAUUGGCUCCCAGAAACAGGAAAAACAAACCAUAUCCCCCAAGAGCUAACAGGAAAUUCACUGCAUUCCUUCCAAUGAAUUGUGCUUGUGUGAUGGCAGUACAAUAAUAGUUAGACAGGAGACAAACCGGUCAAAAGACUGACUUUGAAAAACAGAUGAAAAGCUGUUUUGCAUUCACAUCUAAGCUACAAAAAAAUGAAGGUUUUUGGCUCGGUCAGUCCCAAAAGUUAUCAACAAUGCCUCGGGGUUUAAAAAGCUCAACAUGUUAGGAUCUCAAACCAGUCAAUGAAAUACUCACUUCAAGGAGUAUUUGUCUUAAUUGGAGUUCGAGGUCAAUGAUUAACAGCUACCUCCUAUUAUUUAGAAGUCUGGAGAUAAGUUUAAACUUAACACUAGAUUUCUCUGGUGAAUUGAUCUUAUUUUUUUUUGCCUUUUUCAAUUUUUGUUUUAUUCUUGUAUCACUUGGUGAAAUCUUCUAGUUGACACUAUAUUUGAAACUAAGUUACGGUGCCAUUUUCAUGCUAUCCAAUAGCUUUCAUAACUCAACAAUAUCCUAAAUCAUAUUUAUGGCCCAAAGGUAGCAAUGAAUUAUGAACCAUUAAUAAAAAAAAAAUUACUUUCAUUUAUGUGAACUCAGAGGUAAUCGCUCUUGUAAUGUACAGGACAGCAUGCAGAGAUACAUGGCUUUUUUAAGAGAGUAAUGUCCCCCUAAUGAGGAGUUAGUACCAAAAUUCUGCACAUCAGUUUUCAGACCUCAGACUUAUAUAUGGAACUAAGUACCUCUCAUACAGCUACGCCCACAGGGUGGAGUUUCCCCAAAAUAGUCUUCCUGGAGGUGGAAUUCCAGUACUUUUCCUUUGCACAAUGUCACUUCUCAGCAGAAUCUGUAAUAACUGCCAGACAAUUUGUUGUAACUGCAAUUUUUCACCAUAAAUGUAAUGUGUGUGAUAAAAUACACACACACACACACACACAAUAGAAAAAUAACUGAUAUAAAGUGUUUUCAGGCCAUUAUAAUCAUCUCCACAGCUUGUGGUAUAUAAAAACCCUAUGUGAAGAUUUACAUUAAGCAAUUAUAAACUGGCCAACCUGCUUGCAAAAUGUAGCCAGACAUUAAUGUUCUGUUCUAUCUUGUGACUGGAGAUGAGAAGCCCAGAAGGGAAAGAAUCUCUAAUGGAUGUUAAUGAUGAUCACCAAUGCAUUUCAGAGGUUUCACUUUGACAAGCAAGCCUGCUACAUCCUGAAGUGUCAUCAGUUCAAUGUGACCAAACUCCCGUAGACUUUUAUUCCACCAAUAAUAUGCAAAAAUAUUCCGUAAAGCUCCACAUCUAAUAAUAUUUCUUACUCAGAAGGGAGUGAAAUCUGUGAGAUUAAAUGCAAAUGUUUGUUUUAAACAAAUUGGCUAGAAAACCCAAUUUCCAAGAGAAGGUAAUAUUGAUAUACAUCCAUACAUAUAUAUCCAUAUCUGUACAUUUAAACCCUGCCAAAAAUUGAUUAAACACCUUCAAGCCCCCCCACGUUUCCCUAACUUCUGAAAAAAGUCAUCAGCUCUGGACUUUAGAUUGCAUACUGUAUUACUAGUAACUAGUAUGACACCGCAUCUUGUAAGUACUGUUUGCAACAUAGUAUUAGUCAUUCAGCUGCGCUUUAAUUCCAUUAAGACUGCUUUGAAAAUCAACGUAAUGAUAUGGAAACUGUCAUUUAAGAGUGAUCUGAAGAGUUUCUUGUCAACAUUAUUAACUUCUGCUCUCUACAUUGGAUGGGCUGCAUCAGCCACUGCAGUGAUAACGAUAGACAGAAGCUGCAUAGGUGCAUAACGGUGACUUUCAUGAGGCCUACAACUGUAGAGUGACGGUUGAUCCGUAAACUGCUUGUUUCAAUGUACAAAUGUAAAUGUAUUUUAUAUUUUUAUUGCCACUCUUUUACCUCUUUAAAAAAAAAUCAAAAAACAUUACAAUCACACGCCAGGUCUUGUGGCGUAAGUAAGCAAUUUGUAUCCACAGUACAGUACUUUGCAUCAGAACUGCGAUGUUAAAUCGUUUCCAUAUAUACGUACAUUUUGACACACAUUGAUUUACUUUUACUAGAUCAUAUAUAUUCACACUCCCAGUAGUUAUUCACCUUCUGAUUUGGAUUGCUAAAAUAAUUUAUUCACUUUCAAACCUAAUCUCAAAAACAUUCAACCAUUUGUAAAACCUCUCCUCAUUAUAUGUGAGCUAUGUUGCCUGUUACCCCUCUCAGUCUGUGCGUACAUGUACGUUUUUCUCUGCAUUUCUGAUUUUCUUUGAGUAUUUGUGUAGCGACAGAGAACAAAGAGGGCCAGUACAAAUUGCCACUUGAGUAUUUGUGCAAUAUGAUGAGGUAAACUUGUAUUUAAUGUCUCUAUGUAAUAUUUUUUAGCUUUUUUUUUGGAUGUGUUAUAUGAUAUUCAUACUAUGAAUCAUUUUCUUAACCUGCUUUGUUCUUUUACAUAUUUGGAGAACUGGGACGAUUCCUAAUUAAGGCACUUAUCAAAUACAUAAGAUUUGUUUUGUAUAGUAAUCUUUUUUUGUAAUUCUCAUAUAGAUUUUGAUUCUAUUAAAACCACAGACAGUGCGUGUCACAUCAUGUCAAAGACAGUACAUUUGGUUCCUUCCCCCAUUUAACACUCUAAGAUUCAUGCCACUGUCUAAAAACACAGCAUAUCUCUGCUGACAUCCUGACAUUGUAUUGUCUGAAUUUCUCACCACAGAGAGGCCUCCGAGUUAAAUAUUCAACACUCACAAACUUGUCGUUCGCAAGAAACAUUCCAAAUUAAAUGUGUGAAAACGCAGCAGUUAGUGAGAACUUUUUUUUUUCCAUUUAUUUUUAAGAAAAAGAGUGACAAUAUUCUCUCUCUCUUUUUUUUAUUUUAUUGUCAAAUGUCAGGUAUUCUGUACCUGUAUUAAAACCAGCCCCAGUGAGUACCAGGAUUCUGUCUGAGCGCUGACAGUAAAAUCAGACAGCCUGUCAGUUAAUUUGUUAACCCCGCAGAUCCCUUCGUUACCUCUGACAACAAUUUCCUCCUCCUCAGACACACUUCACAGUUAACGAAAUAUGUCUGUGUCUGUGUGUGCAUAUACGCAGUAUAUAUACUGUAUGUGUGUAGGUGUGUGUGUGUGUGUGUGUGCGUGUGUGUGCGCAUCUGUGUGUAGGUGUACAAUAGAUGCCGACAUUAAUGUGAGCAGAUUCCUUCUUUUAAUAAUGUCCAAAUUCUGAAUUUUCACCGUAACAGUUCGCCUUAACAACAUGUCAGAAUGUCUGCUUUAUAAAAGGCAGCGUUAUUUUUGUGCUACAGUGGGCACUCUUUUACCAUUUAAAAUUGAUCUAUUUGUUGAGACAGUACUCAACUGAUGUCAUGUACUUCUAUGUUGUCUCUAAAGAAAUAUAUGUUUUGUCUGAAAUUAUCUUAAUAAAAUAAAUCUGACAAACA